CCGCGUCCAUGUCCGCUCUCGCCAUGCCCCAUGCUGAGCCCCGGCGUUUACUCAGUACUAGCAGAGCAAGUGAGUCCAAUGAAACCCCCGACAUCCGACUUUACUUGCUUCGAUGGCAGAUUCGGGUUCCCUCCCACGCCUCCUGCUGAGGCACCUCGUUGCCUCAAGAAGAAACGUGUCAGCUUUAGGGACACUGUCGAAGUACGGCACACGCACAGCGCCGAGGAUUAUGAUCGGUCAACAAUCGAAGUCGCGCCUCUCAGUCGCACCGAUAUCAUCGACGUGAUCGUCAUGCGCGCUGAAAUGCUACAACAAACGGCAGAUCUUUGCCGACAGCGCGAACGCCUCGAAAUGACGGGGCCACCAAGUUACUUUCCCUCUCCUCCACCGGCCGCAUCAAGACCUCGCUGCAACAGCUACGGUCCCCGGUCUCCGCAAUUCGAACAGAACUGCUUCUGGGAUGGGGCCGCGCCAAUCCCUAUUUCUCCGACCCCCAUCGGCUUCCACGCCGAGGACUACUUCGCAGCUGGUCGGGACCAACCUUCACAGCGAGACGGGCCUCAGCCGAUGGACAUGUGCUACCUGUAGCACGAUGGCCACCAUCGCUUGCCUACGUCUGGGCCGGUCAUGGCACCAAGAAACAAGCAGAUGGGCCUCUACAGCAUCCACGUCGCGGUUACAUGAAGAAACAUUAUGAAUGAGCUCACGC